AUGGACGACCCAGGCUACGCCUGGCCCGCCUGGAAGUUUGGCAUGAAGAGGGCUGACCUCUUCACCAAGCUGCAUGACCAAUACAACACCUUUCCUUCCUCCAUUCAAGAUCCUGAAGCCUUCCACCACGAUGUUUUCGAGAUCUCCAGCGACUCUCGCACCGAGGACGAGUUCCAUCGCCGCAUGGCCGAGCGACGCGUUCAACGUCUUCGUGAGCUCGACGACUCGCUCGAGCUGGCCGGUGUAGAGAUUAUUGCCAACCCGAAGCUCAUCGGGACGGAGCAGUGGUCUUUCGCCGUCCAGCUCUUUCGGACGCGUUCGCUCGACUCGCUUUCUUCGACGAUGAUGCUGAGAGCGGUCCUUACUUCUUUCCUGACGAUGACGAGAAAGCGUUUCAUGACCCGCGAACCUUUCUGUAUCAACACCAUGGCCACAGACGCCGAUCUUCCUCCUUCUCCUCGAUCAAUGACCACUCAAGAUGACUCGUCCCCCUCAUCUCCUACUGAUCUGCACGAUCAUGACUUUACCCUGGCUCGUUUGACGCCUGCUCGGUCCCUGUCCUUUUCGGGUUCCGAAUCGGACGCGUUUCGCCGUCACCUUGACGACGAUCACGAAGAAGAAGAGACGUCACAGUCGGAUGAUCCAGACUCGCUCGCGACGUCGAUUUCGGAUCUCGUCGAGAGCCACCACGCCGACGAGCUUUACGAAGAAGAGAACUUUGAAGCCCAGUGCCCUACUGAUAUUUUCGAUACCAUCGUCGAGUCGAUCGAGAUGGAAACACCUACCCCCAAGCAAGAACCCCCUACACAUCAUCUACUCGACUCAACAGAUAGCACCCUCGUCAUAUCUUCACACUAUCAACUCGCCGGGAGAACUCACCGAGCCCGCGCAACGUAG